AUGCUAGCGAAUAAUACCUCCAUUGACCUGCGAUUCCAAGCCGGGUCAAUGCCUGCCUCCCUCGCUGACGCCAUAGACUCAGACUCUCGCUCUAGUAGUCUCUCGGACAUCGACGAAGCCCUCUCCCACGGCCAGCUAGAUGAUCUCUCUCCUCGUCCGUCCAAGUUUGCUUCUGAAAUCGACUCCGAGGCAGAAACCGAGCGUAUAGAGGACUCGCCACACCAUAAUCGCGACCGUGACAAGGCGAGCAUCGUCCUCAGUGGUGUCGGUGGCGUCUUUGCCAGUCCAAGCAAGCUAGCACAGUCCACUACCUAUGAUCAGCUCAACGACGACAACGAUGACAAUGAGGACGAGGAUGAUGAUGAUGAUGAUGAUGCUGAAGACACUGAAGUGUCUCCUAGCAAGCCGCCACGGUCGGUAAAGACAAAUGGCACAGGCAAUGGCCACGCCUUCAGUGAGAAAGAGGGUGAUUACAAGUCAAGUAAGCUAUCGGAUUCGCAGGAAACACUGAGCCUUAUCAAGAAGCGCAAGAGAAUGAACUCGACGCAUGACCUGGCGGCUCUGGCGCGGGAUGGCGAAGAUGGAGAAGAGCCUGCCCGUAAGCGCCGCGGGUCGAUCGCUCUCGAACCCUCUGCAGAUGACGAGUCCGCAUAUGCUCCUAUGGUCCAGUCGCCAGAGGAGGAAGACGAGGAAGAAGCUGAGGCUGAAGCAGAAGGUGAAGGCGAAGUAGAUGCUGAGCCUGAGCUCGAACCCGAGCCUGAAGCUGAAAUCGAGGCUGAAGCCGAAGGCGACGACGAUAUGGAGAAAUCAAAACCAAACAACGCUGAGGCCUCAAAGCCUACCAGUCCCAGUCCUGUAUCAGACGAAACGUACCUCUCGCCUUCUACCAAAAGAGGCAAAAAAGGGAGAAGAGAUAAAAGACGGGGUAAGAAGGGCAAUAAUGAAGCAUAUGGAGAUGCUACACCACGGGCUGGGUCCGUCGAGGAGAGUAACGGUAUAGAUGCCGCAGAGGAUCAUGCGGUAGAUGAGACACUGGUGGAUGGUGGAGAUGAUCCAGAGGCAGCAGUGAGGUUAGAAGAAUUAACGAAGAAAACCACGGCUCUUGACCUUUUAUCCGAUCUUGAACGACAUUUUGCAACAUUACGAGACAGAAUAUACGAUGAACGACUAUCGAAUAUCAACGAUGAACUCUCCCAGCUCUCAUCUCCCUCUCCGACACACCCCGAAUUCCUUCGCCAAGCUGCUAUCAUCCAAUCUCACAUCAAUGCCAAAAUCAACCACGAAAAGAUACUCCACGCCUAUAAGUUCCAAGCUCUCUGCGUCAAGUCCCGCGCUGAGCGAGCCCAGUGCAACUCGUCUUACUAUCAAACCGUACGCGAGAUCCGCGAAGCGGCUCUAGACGCCGUCUCGGAACACCAAUACAAAGUCCAACACGACAGAUUCGGUGGCAUCGGUAUAAGUUGUCCCGGCGCGGGUGCCGGCUCAGGCACUUAUCCUGGCCUUGCCGGCCCUGCAAGCGGCAUACUCGCAGACGCCACAUCCGACGCAGUGACAGAAUAUACCAUACCCUUCCCGACCCGCCUAAGCAAACAAAUCGCACACCAGGCAGCGUACAACCGGGAAGUCUCCGUGCUUGCCGGGUUUGCGAAAUACGUCGGUUUCCCAGCCGCCCCGUCCCUGAAACCAACUAGGGGUCCGGAAACAGAUGAAGAUCUCGAGAAGAUGGGCAUACGCAUGCGGCGAUAG